AUGCGAAAGGGGAGACAGGGGUGUAACGAUAUGGAAGUCGAAGAUCGUCCAACACCUAAAACCGUUAGUACAACGUAGCUAAUCUUCUUAGUAUUGUACCUGCGCGACACCUCUUUAGAACUGCGAUUCUUCUACCCAUUUUUCUUAUUUGUAUAUAUUUUUAUGUUUCUGUAUGAUCGAUUUAUGAUUUUCAAUUAGUUUUCCUUGUUCAAGUUAUUUGUGUUCAAUCUAAUCAUCACAUGCUUAUACAUACCCAGGUCCAAAAAAACGGCCCGUUAACGGCCAGUUAAUCUCCAGUAAACGGUCAACACAAAAAACGGCGCGUUAACGUUAUGGAAACGGCAGAAAAACGCCCAGUAAACAAGUCGUUAACUUG